AUGUUGUAUCCCGUGUGGCUUCAUGCAGGUCUAAGGAAAGAAGAAACAGAGCACUCCAGUGCUAGGCUUCCUGAGCCUCCUUAUUCCCCAGGGAAAGUCACUGGGAACCGACUUUCCGGGCUCCUGGAAGCCGAGGAAAAAGUUGAGUUCUACCAGACAACUUACGGGGGUUUCACAGAGGAAUCUGGAGAUGAUGAGUAUCAGGGAGACCAGUCUGAUACUGAGGAUGAGGUAGACUCUGACUUUGACAUUGAUGAAGGAGAUGAACCAUCCAGUGAAGGAGAAGCAGAAGAGCCAAGAAGGAAGCACAGAGUUGUCACCAAAGCCUAUAAGGAGACUCUAAAAAGCUUGAGGCCUCAAAAGGUCAGAACCUCAGCAGGUAGCUCUCAGAAGGCCAGAGAGGAGAAGACACUGCUGCCCCUGGAGCUACAGGAAGAUGGCUCUGACAGUCGGAAGUCUAUGCAUCAGUCUACAGCUAAGCACACGCGACAGACUUUCCUUCGGGUUCAAGAGAGGCAGGGACAGGGUCCCCACUGUGAUGGACCACUCACCCAGGAAGAACUGCUCAGGGAGGCCAAGAUCACAGAAGAGCUGAUCACCUGUGAAAGGCUUGAGGCCGACAAAAAGAAGCAGAUUCACAGCCGGGUGGUGGUGGCACACGCCUUUAAUCCCAGCACUCAAGAAGAAGAAGAAGAAGAAGAAGAAGAAGAAGAAGAAGAAGAAGAAGAAGAAGAAGAAGAAGAAGAAGAAGAAGUGCCCUGGGCCAAUGGAGCUGCCUGUGCUCCUGCUCACUGCUCACUCACCUUCAUCACCUUCAUCACAUUUAGUGAUGAUGCAACAUUUGAAGAGUGGUUCCCCCAAGGACGAUCCCCAAAGGUCCCUGUUCAGGAGGUCUGCCUAGUGACCCACCGUCCAGCUUUGUACCGCAAUCUGGUAACAGACAUACCCUGUGUCACUGCUCGAGCCUUCAAGAUCAUUCGUGAGGCAUACAAGAAGUACAUCACUGCCCAUGGAGUGCCACCCACUGCCUCAGCCCUCGAUGGUCCCCCGCUCCCUGAGCCACUACCUGGUUCUAGGCCUAGGGCCCUGCAGCAGAAAAUUGUCAUCAAAUAG